UCCUCCACGGCGCAGGAUCUCCAUCGCUACCGCGGAAAACCAGUCUCUGCUGUCCAAUAAAGAUGGAGCUGUCCGCGGCAGGGGAUCGUGUGUUUGCCGCUGAGGCCAUCCUGAAGCGCCGCGUCCGUAAGGGAAGGAUGGAAUACCUAGUGAAAUGGAAAGGAUGGGCAAUAAAGUACAGCACAUGGGAACCCGAGGAGAACAUCCUGGAUGAGCGACUCGUUGCGGCGUUUGAACAAAAAGAGCGAGAGCAAGAGAUGUACGGACCCAAAAAGAGAGGCCCAAAACCUAAGACACUGCUUUUAAAGUCAAGAGCACAAGCCGAGUCCCCACGAGUACCAGAGUUCAAGCAUAGUCGUCCUCAACCUCAUUCCAAACCACCUCCUCCUCCACCUCCGGCUGCACCAUCCUACACCCCGACUGCCCCUUCCAACGCUAAACUGCAGUCAGGCACUGCUCAGCCCAAACUGAAAAAAGACAUUCACCGUUGCCAUCGCAUGGCACGUCGCCCCUUGCCUCGUCAGGACCACACAGUUGGUCCCUCCGGUCCUUUUUCAUCCCGCCCAACAGUCAGUGCAUUUUCAGAAACAGUCCGUAUUCUCAACCGAAAAGUCAAACCGAGAGAAGUGAAGAAAGGACGAGUCAUUCUAAACCUCAAAGUGCUUGACAAAGCUGAAAACACUGCAGUUGCUAAUAACAAAAGGACACAUGUGCCCUCAACCCAACAGUCCCAUUUUGGACGACAGAAGAUUCCAUCCCGCAACAGGGUAAUUGGGAAAAACAGGCGGUUUGGUGAAGUAUCCUACCGAGGAAUCCAGCCUCCCAUUCGGGGUUCUGGAUUUCCAGUUUUUGGGAAACUCUUUGAUUCUCACUCUCUGAAAAAUGCAGAGAGUGGAGAGAGUCGUAACAGCAUGACUAACAAUCUCUCUUCCUCCCAAAGUUCAAAGCUCCUAGAUGUGUCCAAAGGUCAGAAUCGUAAUGAAGAACCUCCUCCAUCGAAUUCAAGCUCUGAAGUUUCGGAUGGUGAACCACCUUCCCCAAGACAAACCCAAUCGCAGCAUUCCUCAUUGCAACCCAAGGCCUCUUCAACCAAGUCCCCUUCGACUAAGGCCCCUGAUCCUACCCUUCACAAACUUGGCACUCAACCAGUGGCAUCAAAAAACAAAGACUCUGCUUCUUCAGCUCUUCCAUCGUCACCUAUGUUUUCCUCAUCAUCCUCUGCAUCGACAUCCUCUGAAGACAACGAACACAUCCUAGACCUUUCCGUACCUCAUGAAAUGGACAGACGAUUGCGGCGCCGCCAUCCCUUCUCUGGCCGUCAUCCGCUCAAGGUACCAGAGGUGCCCGUGUCAGAGGAGCCAUCAGAGGAAGAGGAAGAUUUAGACUGGCGCCCUGACAUGACAUCCCGGUGUGCAAAUGUGGUCGUCACAGACAUCACAGCUAACCUCCUUACCGUCACCAUUAAAGAGUUCUGCCAUCCGCCUUCUGCUUCUUCUCCUCCCUGCUACUCCAAAAAUGUAUCAACUCAAAACGACACACAGCAGCCAAAACAAAACCCCAACAAAGAUCAAUAUUAUUCCGUUAUAUUUUGUUUCUUUUCAUUACUGAUUUUUUUAACCGCCACCCUGAAGUUCAUCGUUGUCAUUUUGGCCGCCGGGAUGGUGGCGUUCAUCGGAGCAGUCAUCUGCAUCAUCGCCGCGGUCCACAGCGGAUCCCCACCGGCAUCCGCCGCCGCCGCGCAGCCCCUGGCCGACAACCAGUCCCUCUCACCGGACGCAGCCGGGAAAGCGAUUUCCUCCGGGUCCGUCGCCCGGGCAGGACCGCUGGAUGCUCUUCACGGUACUGAUGCGUCAAGCAGGGAACGAGGAGGACCGGAGGCGCCAACGUUCUACGGUCUAACGGGACUAGGGACCGGAGGCAGCGAACAGCAGGUCACCUACAGCAGACUCAUCUGCACCCCUGUCCCCGCCGGUGAGUGCAACCCGAAAAACUUUCAGCAACAAGCUGACGACCAGUCGUUAUAUGCUGGAGAGGACUGGGGAUACCUCCGCACCACUGCCGAGGAGCUCCGGCAGACCGUCCUGCAGCAGAAGGAUGAGAUCCUCACAGACCAGAGAACCAUCCGGGAACUAACGGGAAAGCUGUCGGAAUGCGAAAGUGGCAUGAAGGGACGGAAGGUCCCGGAACGAAGCGCAGGGGGUGUUGGGGAAGCGCGCAAAGAGAAUAAGGAGCAACUCAUGAUGCGGGACGAUGCGGGAUCCUCAAUGCGGACGGCUCAUGCGAUGGAGGAGCUGGUGCACGCCAUAACUCAGAUGAAAGACCGCAUUGAGAAACUAGAGUCUGAAAUGGCGGCACCAGCGUUUAACCACACAGACUCAAGCUCACAGAAAUCUGCAGGUGCUCCUCGUACACCAGUAGCAGCUGCACAGAGACGAGUGGAGGAUCUGGAGGGAGAACUGAAGAGGAAGAUUAAACUGCUGGAGGAGGAGAGGAAAGCGCUACGCAAAGAGACGCAAAAACAUCAGGAUCAUAUUGACUAUGGACUGGACACUGUACACCAGCGGAUCAGCAGCCUGGAGAAAGGUCUUUCUGAGAACAAGUUUCCAGAGGGUUACAGGCUCUCAUUCCCCAUCCGCAGCUCCUCCAUGUAUGCCAUCAUAAAGCAGGAAAUCCCAAUCCUCCACGCUCUGACUGUCUGCAUGUGGCUCAAACCUGCAAAGAGCAUCCUGGGAACUGUGGUUUCUUAUGCUGUUUCUGACCAGAACCAUGAGUUUGUGCUUCAGCAGCUGGUUCAUGGGCCCAUUGAGCUGAUCAUUAAUAAUGAGGUGGCGCUGUUGCCUCUGAACUUAACAGUGGGCAGAUGGCAGCAUAUGUGUGUGAGCUGGAACCGAAGAGCUGGAGCAUGGCACGCCUACUUAGGGGGCAAACUGAAGCUAGAAGGAAGUGACCUGGCAACCCGUCACAACAUCCGACGGGGAGGAACUCUCAUUCUUGGCCAAGAACAGAGCUCAAUGGGUGGUCUUCGUUUUGACGCUUCGCGAGCUUUAGUGGGAGAGCUGUCACAAUUCAACAUGUGGGACCGGCCGAUUUCCCACACAGAGCUCUCUGCUCUCGCCCUCUGCAGCACGGGCAUGCUGGGUAAUGUAGUCCCAUGGACCAGCCGUGAGGUGGAGGUUUUCGGAGGUGUCACCAAGCAGCCGGCUGAACAUUGCGAGCACAGCACCAGUGCCAGACAGUGAAGGACUCCUAAAGGGGGUUAUGCUAAAGGUCAGAGGGUCAAUGACCAGGGUUUAGAGAUGGCAAAGAUCUGUCAGAAAGAGCUAAAACAGGCCAUCAUCUGACAUGUAUGUUGAUUUCUUUUUAGAAAACACUUUUUAAUAGUGGCGUUUGCUGGAUCAAGACUCGCUAUCAUUAUUUCAGAAUUCAGCACAUAGAUCGUGCCACACCAUUUGUGCUACAAACAAGAAUGAUACCUCAAGUUUAGUGGCUUAUUGAGGAAAAGCGUGCUGUUAUUUUUCUGCCGCAAGAUAAAAUGGUUGGGAAUGUACUAGACUUAAGAUGCAGGCGCAUAAACUGGCAAUAUUCAGAAGCGAUAUGCAGACAUGUCAAUUUUGCAUAAGCGUACAAGAUUUACUGACAGAUUUAGCAAUGGUUCGGUUUGGUCAAGUUUGUACACAGUGAAAGCUGUGUGUUUUGAAAGUCUCAUGUACAUAUCUACACUGUUGAUUGUGGAAGACUUUUGUCAGCAAAAUGUAAUUAAUUUGAUGAGACCUUACCUUUACAUAUACACCUAACCUAUUCAUGCAUUUUCUCUGAUUGAAUAGCUAUCUGAUCUUGAAAAUACCAGGUGUAAAUGCUUUCUGAAACUCAUUUGAGCAACCUUUUCAACCUGGUUUUAGCAUGCAUUUACAGUGGUCUGCUGGGGAUCUAUACUGUUGAUUUCAGGCCGAAGUGUUGAACAUAUUUUGGUGCUGUUUCACAUAGUGAAGUUUAUUUAUAAACUAAUUUCGAGAGGAUAACGAGAUUAUGAUUGAACACGGCUGGUUCUGCAUUAUCUAUGUAUGAUCCACCAAUCAGACAAGUCCUAACCCACUAUAAAGAGCCAGGAUUUCUCACUACAGUCAUCUUCGAUUUGAAGACUCCCCCCUUCCACCCCUACUCCUCCCCAUUUCCCUUCAUAGUUCUCAACACCUACCUGAGCUCAGAGCUUCCCUCUCACCCUGCAAAUGGGAGGGAGCCCAGGGCUCAAGGACCUUUUGGCCUCUCUCCCAGGACACCAUGCCAAACUUGCUUAUAAUCAAUCAUUAGCUAAGUAUCAACUCUUGAAAGGACUAUAAAAGUACCAUUUGUGCAAUGCAAAGGUCCUACAAAUGCAAAUGUAAAAGGUCCUUCAUGACAUUUGAUGCAAAAAAACUAUACUUUUAAGAGUGAAUGUUGUUGAAACCACAUAUUGUAUGUAUAUUAACAGUAAAAUAAAAGUGUGUGUGUGUGUUAUAUCAGCUCUAAGUAGUCAGAUACCACAGCGCUACUACAAUGCGUGUCUGCAAAUACAGUGUAUGACCCAUAGGAAAUAAUUAUUCAGCAAGCAGACGGGCAAAAUGCCACAAAAGUGUCGCAACUUGGAGCUCAAUACACGUUUAUUAAACAUAGUGAGACAAAGGCUGCUUUCACACCUGGCUCAUUCUUUCAGAAGCUGCUGCAUUUUCUCAUUUCGCUCAGGUAGUUUCUUUGGGCAUUUGUGAAUACAGCAAUCGCACCACAUCUCCAACAAAGCCCAAGUAAGCAAGUAAAGCUAUCACACUCGAUGGACCAGGUUUUAUUACAUCGUACAUAUGUUCAAAAUGAAAUAAAGUAAAUUUGAAAAAAUCUGAUUUAUAUUAACUUUUUCGUAGACACAUUUAUGUGGACAAGUGUAAAUGGAGUAGAACAAAUCAGAUAGCAGACUAAUCAGUGAAAAUGUAUGAAGAAACAAUAGGCCCACAGAAAAGCCAUACUAGGGACCAGAAUCAUAAGCUUCUGAAACCACAUACUAUUAUCAUGUCUAAUAUCUAAUAUUAUGGCCAGUUUGCCAUCUAGCAAUAUAAUAAAGAGUAUUCAGAAAACCUUAGCAUGACAAUACUACGUUUACAACCCAUAACUUUACCAUUACCAAUGCAAGGUUUGUGUCUGACAGCAACACUUCAUUUAAAUGCUUAAUAUUAUUUACUAAUUAGACCUUGUUAGACAUCAAAUGCUAUCACUGAUGUUUGCCACUCUGAUGUAGGAUAUUCAGGUUGAGUGUUUGAUGAAAGGAUUUAUUUUCGUCCUCAAAGUUCAAAGCUAAUAUUUGCAUACUCAUUCAGAUGUGUUGUUAUUUAUACAUACAGUGUAUUUGAUUCAAGUUAGUUUUGAACGCACACACUCUCAAUCAUCUUGUUUGCUUUAUACCAGGGCUCUUUUAUAUGUUUGAUCUCUUCAAGUUUUUUUCUUUAGCUGUUUUUGAAUCACUGUUUCUAUGGUGAUCCUUCCAGCAGGCUGAUUCCUAUUGGUCAGGUCAGCCCUGCUAGAAAUCUUCUCCAUUUAAAACCCUUUAACAUCAUCAGAAUCGCAAUGAAUUCGAAUGAAGGGAGAGGAGAGCAGCUGGAGGCAUUUUGACAGAUGAAUAUUUCAGCAAUAUAUAUGAAACACUACAUUAACCUUUAAAGCCAUGGUUUAAACCCUUUACAAUGUGGCAUCUGCAAUGAACUGUUUUCAGCUUUCCUGUCAAACAUAAUCUGCAAAUAUACAUACAGACAAACCAAUAUCUUCUCAUGCUGAGAAAUAAGCAUAUAUAGCCUAUAUAGAUUUAUACCAAUCUAAAAAACACAUUAUAUUUGUAAAAUAAGCAGCAAACAUUCCAUAUGAUGAAUGUAUAAUAUUUACACCAUUAUUAUAUGUAACUUCCACGAUGUUAUCUGUUGCUCUUCAUAACUGUGAUUGAAUAAUCUUGGCGGUAAAGAGCUUAUGUAAAUUACAGCACACAUAUGAUAUGCUUUAAUGUGGAUUGUGUUCAGUGUUUCUAUGUAAAAUGCAGCAGGCUGGAAAAUGCCUGUUUUGUGGCCUUGUCAAACACAAGAAUGCUGUUUCAAUUGCGCAAUCACUUAUAUACUGAACAGAUGGACUUAACUGAGAUGAUGGUUACAUUUACAGUAUGUGUGUAUGUUUUAUAGGCAUGUAUUUUGAGAUUUCAUAGCCAUAUGAAUGAACAGCAAAAAAUGGCUGGGAAAUGUGUAUCUGAAAGUGUUUGAACGCUAAAUAUAUUUCUUUCUGCUGUAUAGUGUACUUGCUGUUGUUAGUGCAAUGCCUGUUUGUUUGCAUUUCAGUGGUCAAUUUGUGAUGUUUUGUUUUUUUAACAUACAUGAACAUGCUUUAAAGUGUAUUCAGAAAGCGCGGUUUACAAAUGAUUGUACAUAAAUGUUUUUUUUUCUGGAAUAUAAUUGUUUUUGAAUUAAAUAUCUUGAAAGUCGGACGUUAAGCUCUCUAUUUUUGCUUGAAGAUUUUCUACCCUCUCUUUUGGAUUUACUCAUUUGCAUUUCUAAACUCUUUCUCCUGUAAUGUUCUUUUCUUGCAUUCGGUCUGUGUCUUUGUCUGUGCUGAAAUCAAAUGUGUCCUGAUCUAAGAUGUCCACGAGAAUUAAAAUAUCUAGCACAACAAA